AUGUCGAAUACUUCAUCAGCAUUAUGUGAUCAAGAUCAGCAAACAUCCCAACAAUCAAAUUCUCAAGUUGCUCCAGAGCAGCCAACUGAGCCAUCAGACUCAAUUAAUCAAGUAGAACAACUACCUGAUCGGUCAAAUUCUACUCUAUCAAGAGCUGAAAAUGCAGAGCGCCUACGAGAGCUCGACGCCAACAUCCAAUUUUUGCAAAGACGACUGAUUCGGAAUAGGGAGAACCUGGAAGUAACCAGGGUUUUGGAGCAAGAGCUACAUCGUGUAUCCAAUUUGUUUGAACAAAUUACCGAGGAACAUCGCCAGCAAGUUGAACAUGACCCUGUAAACGAAGAAGUUCUUGAAUUUCCACUUCCCAACGAUGUCGAGGAAGAUGAAAGCGAGCGACAUGACUUACGCUCAGAGCAUGGAUAUCAAAGCAACUACGAAAGAUUUGGAGAAAUGGUUCCUUCAGAGUUUUCUGUCAGAAAUCGAGCCAUGAGAGCAGCAAGAGCGGCUUUCCGCCAAUUAACAUUGAAAAUGGAUUCAGUUGGUCAAUCACCGAUAUCAUCAGUCGAUUCGUCGCUUUCUGACUUGUCCAAACCAGAGGAGUCGGAGUUUCGUUCAAAUUGCACUCAGACUGAAGCCGGAAGAAAUGCUCGGCUUUUCUUUGACCUAGAUGGACGUGAUUAUUUUGAAGCAUACGAACGUCAUGUUCAACAAAUGUCCGUCGAGAGACAUGGAAAUACUAUUGUUUAUCGUCAUUCCGAUGGCACACAAUCCAUUCGUCAUAUUCCACCACCUGACUCUGAUUGA